AUCCAGAAGAAGAGGAAAAAGAAGAGGCUAAAUGAGAAGGGAACCCAGGUUGAACUAGGCAUGCGGGAGGAUAUCCAUGACCUUGACCUCGCCCAUUGGAGAUUGGCUAGAGAGACAUGGAGAACUGAGCGAGGAAACAUGAGGGAGAUUAAGGCGCUGUAUGGAGAAAUAUUUAGGCUGCACCAACUCUUGGCGGAGAUUGGGGUGGAUAAAGGGGUGAUCAAGCAGCGCUCCACCUCCUCCAUUAUUUGUCCCGUCUCCCCGACACUGCCAGCUUUCCCCUGGUACAACCACCACAGGUACCUCGCCAACAGCCAAUCGGAGCCUGACCAGCAUGCUGCCGGCACCCAGAAGGACCCACCUAAGAAACACUCAAUCUUUCCCCCUCUGGACACACAGAACUGCAACUCCCCUGAUAAAUGGCCUCAUUCUCCGUCCAAGACGUCACACCCACACGCUUCACACCGAUUUGCUGUCCCAUCCCACCUCCUGGCUUCCGGCCCUCCUGCCCGGAUGAGACAGACCCAUCCGCAGGUCCACCCCAGGUCCCCAUUGACUGGCCAGGCAAAGGUCAAGGAUGAGGUUAAGAGGCCAGAGACUGCAUCGUCUGAGGAAUUGUCUGAGGAAGUUCAACGGAGAGGAGCAGAAAUUGCAAGCAUGUAUAAAGCACAGCUGAAAGAGAGGAUGGCCCAAAAGAGAAAGGAAGAGAUUCUGAAGAAAAUGGCAAACGGCGAUGACAAGAACGAUGACACUGAGGCCUCCUGCUUCUCUGCAGUAAAACGAUCUAAUACCCCUGCCACAGCCCCCGAGCGUCCGGCCAGCCCAGAGGCCACGCCAGUGGCCGCCCGAGAGGACACUCAGGGGGACACCCAGCAGGACCUGGCAGAGGUUGUGAAUGUGCUCAAGAGGCAAUCAUCUGAUCUAUACCUGCCUGACGACGUUUGUGAGGAGUCACUCACAUGGAAAUCCAUUUACGAGGAGCUGUGCCCGCUCGCUCACAGAGUGAACACAGAAGCUGACUACAUCAAGGCGCUCCGCGUCAUCACUGAGAAUGCUGUGACUCCCUCGUGCUCGUCUGAGCAUGAUGUGUCUCAGAGUGUGAGUGAGGACACAAGUCAGGAGGGGAGUAGUGAAAGUGAGGAGAGCAUGAGUGGACAACAGCAGAGAUGUCUACACAGGGAUCCUUAUGGUAAGAGGGACAGGAAGGAGAUUGAUAGUGGUAAAAUGGAAGGGAGAUUUGCAACCGCCAAUGCAAUGUCUAUGAUGGCGAGCCGAGGGAUAGAAGAACUUAAUGCCAUGAGCUACGCAGACAGGAUCAAAUAUUUCAAGUAUGAGGCUAAGAGAAAUGAAGAGAUGAUGAAGAUUGAAAGGAGGAAGGAAAAAGCCAGGGACGAAGAGCUCAAAAAGUGGGAAAAGAGGCAGAAGAAAUUGAAUGAGGAGGAAAGGAAAAGGACAGAAAAUAUGGAAAAAAACAAGUUAGAGGAGCAGAGGAAAAGGGAGAAGGCAGAGAUGAAACUAAAGAUCGAACAUGAGAAAAAGAGACAAGAGCAAGAGAAAAAGCGAGAGAAAAAAGAAAGAAAGCAGCAGGAGAUGCAACAGAAGGCCCGUGCAAAAGAAGAGAAAAAGAGGGCAGAGGAAGAGAAAAAGAUGGAGAAACAGAGGAUGGAGGAGGAGAGGAACAGGGAAAAGGAGAGAAUGAAGGUGUUGGAGAUGCAGCAAAAGGCACGAGAGAAAGAAGGGAAGAGGAGGAAAGAGGAACAGAAAAGGAGAUUGAAGAUACAGCAGGAACAAGAGAAGGAGGAACAGAAAAGGCAGACAAGGAUACGGGACGAGGAUAAGAAGAGAGCAGAUCUUCAAAGAAUAAAAGAUCACGAGGCCAGGUUCAAGAUGGAGAUGGAGAAACUGUAUGAGAGAGAAGAGAGGAAUGCACAGAUUGAAAGAGAAAAGAGACGUGCGCUGUGUCAGAAAAAAGGACAGACACAGAGAGCAAAACAGGUGGUGGCAUACGAGGUCACAGCGUCUACAUCUGACGCCUCUGUGCGGAGGGAAGAGAGGGAGCAGCGUCCAGAGACCGCUCACACACAGUCUGCAAAGAGGAGAACAAGGAAGAAGCAGAAGAAAGCGGCGGACGAGGCAUCGACAACUUUUCAGUAGAUGACAAAAGAAAGGCAGCAGACAAAAGAAAUGUACAAGUCAAUGCUCCUAGGUAUGUUGAUAGAUGUAAAUAAUCAACAAAUGAGUUUUUUUUAAAGAGUAAAAACAAUCAAAAAAAUGAGAAAAUAAGCAAAAGGAGGAACAAAUUAUAAGGAAGCCAGGCAUGAGGGUGAAGAGGAGGAAACAUGAGAGAGGAGGAAGAGAGACCAGAGUGGUUUAUCAGGAGGGAAGUAGGAGAUAUAGAAUUCAAGUUCUGAUGGACAGAAUCAGGAAGGACCAUGGGAUAAAAGGUCAAUGAGAUUAGCAGUAAAGAAGAGCUGAGUGGAUCAAAAG